AUGGCAGAAAUUGAAAAAGAAGUGGAAGAAAAAGAAGAGCCAAAAGUCAUCCCAGGAGUAAUUUAUAUUUCGACACUUCCAAAAGGGAUGGGCCCCGUGCAUCUACGUCAGAUUUUGUCGCAGUUCGGCGAAAUCGACAGAAUCUACUGCGCGGCGAAUUAUCAAAGAAAAAGAGCACUCACAGAUACAAAGAAGACGAUUUCAAAGAAGGCUGGGUCGAGUUCAAGAAAAAGAAACACGCAAAAAAGGCGGUAG